CGCAUCUCAUUCAUCCAGUGGCAGUCAUAGAAAAAAAGUUUUGGCAGGAGGCGAUUAGAUAAGGCACCAAUGACCUACUCUACCGCUACUGCCACUGCCACUGCUACUGCUUCGCUGAUUCAUGAAAAGAUUCUCCAUCUUUCUCAAUCACCAGAGGCGAUUCCUCUUCUUCAUCACUACUUGGCGACUGGGCCCUUGUCUAUCACUCAUUGAUGAUCGCACUACACCUGCCCUCUUAAUUAUACGGCAUCGACAAGCUGCACUGCAGGUCGCUCUUGUCCCCCGACGGUCCCGCGCAAAGUCGAAAUUUAACGACGAAUCGACUAAAGGAACUAGUAAAGGCAACAGAACAACCAACAUUGACGAAGAUCAAGAGCCCCCUCUUACUUUACACUUGACAGCUCCGCCUCACCAUGUCACACCAUCAGCCUACAUCGCACAUCAUGUCGAGCCACGACGAGAAACCAUUCCAUCAUUCCCAUGUACCAAUCGAUCACUCGGCGCUCAUCCAGUCCCGGGAGACUGGCGAUGUACUUCCCGAUGAUACCCCCAUCCAGGGCAAUGUCAAGGCAUUGCCCUUUGCUAAAUCAUGGGUUCACAUGUUUGCUGGCGGUGUUGGAGGAAUGACUGCCGCUGCUGUUACAGCUCCCCUCGAUGUGCUAAAGACCCGAUUGCAAUCCGACUUUUACCAGGCCCAGAUCCGAGCUCAGCGCGAAGCUCAAGCCCAAGUCAUUGGCCGACUAAACCCUGCCCGAGCCGCUUUAUAUCACCUCAACGACACACUUCAGAUUCUUGGCUCAGUCUACAGGAAUGAGGGUUGGCGAGCACUCUUCAAGGGUCUUGGCCCCACCUCAGUUGGAGUUGUACCAGCUCGAUCCAUCAACUUUUAUGUCUACGGCAAUGGAAAGCGCUUAAUAUCUGAGCAUUUCAACAACGGCGUAGAAGCUCCUUGGGUCCAUCUAUCGGCUGGUGUAGCAGCCGGUGUCAUCACCUCAACGGCUACAAACCCUAUUUGGAUGAUCAAGACUCGUCUACAGCUGGAUAAGAAUGUUGCAGCUGGCAGUGCGCAAAUGCGCAAAUAUCGCAACAGCUACGACUGUAUACGUCAAAUCAUCCGGGACGAAGGCAUCCGCAGUCUCUACCGUGGCAUGAGCGCUAGUUACCUCGGCGUGGUGGAGUCAACGAUGCAAUGGAUGCUCUACGAGCAAAUGAAGGCAUCCCUAGCUCGCAGACACAACAAGAUUGUUCGCAGUGGUCGUGAGCUUACUUGGUGGGAUAACACUGUCGACUGGACUGGAAAGGGUUUCGCUGCUGGAAGCGCCAAGCUGGUCGCUGCCGUUAUCGCCUAUCCCCAUGAGGUCGCCCGAACACGACUGCGACAAGCGCCUAUGGAGAAUGGACUGCCCAAGUAUACCGGCCUUGUUCAAUGCUUUAAGCUUGUCUGGCUUGAAGAGGGUGUCAUGGGUCUAUAUGGCGGUCUGACUCCUCACUUGAUGCGAACAGUUCCCAGCGCCGCCAUCAUGUUUGCUAUGUAUGAAGGCAUCCUCCGGCUGUUCCACACACCCGCGUAAAUCAUGGAGACAAAUGAGUAACGCACCGAAUCGACACAAAGCGAUCGAGUACUAGGGCCAUACCUGGAACUGAUAUCCGCUCAUCGAUAUCAUGUAACACUAUCCGACACGAGUCGCUAUGAAGCUUUGAAAGCUUUACAAACACUACUCGCUCUUGUAUCACUGUACAACACCUAAGGUCUUCCAACGAAGCUGGGACAGGAAGAAUCACGAGAAUCUAACAAAAGGGGAGAUGGCGUGGUUAAGGCGUGUUUAUUUUCGGCGUUUGGCGAGUGGAUGGAUCUUUAGAAGGGAGAUGUAAAACACCUGCACUCAUGGUUAUGCUCAUGCUCAUGCUCACAUAAAGGUCAUGUACGAAAUUAUGUAUAAUAGGAGAGGCGCCUCUAUUUUCUGGAUAUCAUCACACAUUGACCGUACCGUCAUAAGCGUG